AUGAGCUUACAGGAUGGGAGGUCUUUUAAGGAGGCUGCUAAAGGAGCUAAAUUUAGAGUUAGCAACAACCUAUCUAGUGUUCAUGGUGGAGGGAAACUGUUAGCGGUCAGGGAACCUAGUGUGAAAAUGAGGGGUAGGCUCUCUCAUCCCCCUCUUUCUCCUACUAGGGGAGAGCAACAAGUGGCUUACAAGAGCCCUAAGAAGAGCAUCAGAGAGGAGUUUGAAGAGAGGGAGGCUAACUCAAAGGCUAGCCUGGAGGUCCUUGGGGUUUUUGACCCUAGCCUGGAGGUCCUUGGGGUUUUUGACCCUACAACCAAUACCAUAACACCUUAA